UUCACUCAGACCUCACAGGAAACUCCCAACUCCCCUGGCCUUCACGCACUUACCAUCACGUACCACACGUUUUACUCUCACACACACUCCUUCAGGAACACAGUCCCACCGGCUGCGCUGAAUCUGACCAGAGAGGAUGGCUGGGUCCAUGUGGAGAAUGAAUGAGCUCUUGAAAGGGAUGACUGGAGUCCUGUUGCUCUGCGCUCUGUUGCUCAGCAAUGAGGUGAUGUGUCAAGAUGCCACAGAUGCACCUGCAGAUGAUUCACCUGGCAGCAGUGCAGGGCCCUCAGGCGCCACAGACGCCCCAGACGCCAUAGACGCCACAGACGCCCCAGACGCCACAGGCGCCACAGACGCCCCAGACGCCCCAGACGCCCCAGACGCCCCAGAUGCCACAGACACCCCAGCAAGCGCUGCUGCUCCAGAGUCCAUUACUGUUGAUGCCACUGCUGCUGCUGGUGAUCAGUCUGCUACAGCUGUUGUUCCUGUAAUACCAUUGACCGUUGUAAACAUUCCACUUGAUGGAUUGGCCACUCUUGUCCCAAGGUCUGGAGGCAAUGAGGGGUCAGUAGCUGCUGAGGUCACAGAUAACUCUGGUGUUCCCAAAACAGUGGUGCCGAAUGUGAAGUGUGUUGGAAAGGAAGACAUCCAAGAAAGUAAUGCUGUCAAGGCUGUUUUGGUCACAAAUACCUGCGAGGACACCAAACGUAUUAUUGAAGAAAACCCUGCAGUCUGGUGCUCCACAGAAAACUGCAAUGUAGAAAUCUUCCAAGACGGCAACAAUGCGCUAGUGGGCAGCAGUGAUGCUCGAUUGAGUGCUUUGUCUGAAGCACUCCAGGGUGAACAUUUGAAAUCCAAGCUGGGUGUGACAAAGACUGAAGUCCCACCAUCAUCAUCAGGUUCUUCUGUAUUUGUGGGAAUACUGGUCACUGGCCUGCUUGCUGCAAUUGCAAUUACUGUAGGUUACUUCAAAUGCCAACGCAGGGGUGACACCACCAAGGCGGUGAGGCUGGCAGAUGAAGCUUAUCCAGUAGAUCAGGAAAACCAGGGGAACACUCUUGUAUCCGUGGCCCCCCUCAACCCCCCUCCAGAAACCCAGGAGAAACCCAGUGUAAAUGGAGAGUCCAAUGAAGCAGCCAAGACCGAGCCUCCUCCCACCAACGGCCACUCCACUACCAAGACAGCGGACACCGAGCUGUGAAAUAGUCUACAAAUAACUGCAGCCCAUGACAAUACCCCCACAAACACAUCCAUCCACAAACACACACACACACGCGCGCAUCUGCAUACUCACCUCCCUUUUUGAAUCCACUCCUUCCCAACCAAACAGUGUCCACAGCAAAGUGGACAUCAGGGACUGGAAGAAUGUCCUACACUCUUGUUGUUAUAGUCCCCUUGUCCCGUCCCUUUUUUGGCUGUGUGCCUCAACAAAAAUCAGGAAUACUAGUCUGAUGAUGAUGAUGAUACUGGCGGUGAUGAAUGAUGAUGAUGACGACGAAGGCUCAUUCCCCAGGUUGUUGACGGCACUCAGGCUGGAGACGAGAGACAAGAGAUGGGCGGUGGCUGGGAAGGUGUAUUCUUGGAUUAAUCAGCACUGGCUCCCAUGAUGACUGCAGUGUCUGGAAUCACAACCAUGUGCUGUCAACACCCAUCAGCAGCCAUCAGGUUUAAAGCUCCAAAACCUCCACUAGAAAAUAUAGCAUUAGCACAUAAAAGAAAUGUUCCUUAGUUUAUUGUAAAGCCAUGGCAGACGGAGAGGAAAUAAAUCACACUGCCUUGAAAUCUGUUUACAAAAGUCUCAGAGAGGAAAUCCAUUGGGCUCUGAUCUUGUUUGUCUGAUUGAGUUAUUGAUUGUGUAGGUGUGCGAAUGUGUGUGUGUGUGCUGCUUUCAGACCCUGCAUGUGUGUGUGUAAACAUAUACAUGCACCUGUACUGUGCAUGGACUGUAUAUAUCCAUACAUGCAUCCAAGCUUCUCUCCCUUACUGUAUGUGUGCAUACUUGUUGAUGAGCGGUAGGCUAUAGCAUGUGAGUGAGUGAUGUGUCUAAAUGUGCAUGAGACAUAACCCAUGAAAAAUGUGUACAAUUUUGUAAAAUGAGUUGACAAAGUGAUGGCUCACAGUUGCAGUUGCUCCCCGUGCUCAGGAGAAUUGAGAAUUGAAGUUUUAAUCCCACGAAGAGAGGGAGCCACCAGGUAUUUUCCAAUUUAUCACUGCAAGCUGAAGUGAGCUUAAUCACAAAGCCAACAGGCCUCUUUGAUGUAGCUUCAUAGCCGAUGCUGAAAAUCAUGUGACUGACUGUAUGACCAACUAACUCAUAAAGGCCUCGGCCACGUAAAGCAAGGACAGCCUCUUACUGUCUGCUCUGCCCAUCCACUUGUCAGUGUUAUUUUCUUUUCAAUAUACUGUGUAUGCUCUUUUUUUAUAUCAGUAUUCUAAUGAGCAUGUGUAUAGUGUGGUGACUUUGUUUUGUCUUGUUUUUAUUGUGUGUAGCCACCUUUUGUUAUAGUCCUUCUAUGUGCCAAAGAAUUUCAUUUCACUGCUUAUGUUGAGCUAAAAUAUGUACUUUGUGGCACCUUUACCAUGUUUAAUCCAUGUCAUGUAACAUAAAUAAAAGUAUUCAAGGACUAUGACUUUAAGACAAAAGCAUGUAGUGGCCCAUAUCUGUGAUUAGUUUGUACUGUUUGUCAGUUUUUACUGACAUUUCUGAUUUAAACACACCAAGAAGCUGCAACGUUUUAAACUGCAACAAAAAUAUGGAUGUUUUACAUUGAUUUCUCCUUUCAGUUCAUUGUAUAUCUUUUCAUUCCUAACAUUCCAAUGUGACUGUUUGAUUUUACUAGCACCCUGAAGUGUAAAAUUGGAUUUAACAUUUUAAAAAAAGAAGAAAAAUAAAUAACUUUUUAUGAA